GCGCAGGCGUGAGGCCUUCGUCUCGUGGGGGAGGUCGAAGAUGGCGGCGGCUCAGGCCGUGGAAGAAAUGCGGAGCCGCGUGGUUUUAGGGGAGUUCGGAGUUCGCAAUGUUCAUACCACUGACUUCCCCGGGAACUAUUCCGGUUAUGAUGAUGCCUGGGAUCAGGACCGCUUCGAGAAGAACUUCCGCGUGGAUGUGGUUCACAUGGAUGAAAACUCGCUGGAGUUUGACAUGGUGGGAAUUGAUGCGGCCAUCGCCAAUGCUUUCCGACGAAUUCUGCUGGCGGAGGUGCCCACAAUGGCUGUGGAGAAGGUGCUGGUGUACAACAACACAUCCAUCGUGCAGGAUGAGAUCCUGGCUCACCGCCUGGGGCUCAUUCCCAUUCAUGCUGAUCCUCGACUGUUUGAAUAUCGGAACCAAGGGGACGACGAGGGCACAGAGAUAGACACUCUGCAGUUUCGGCUGCAGGUCAGGUGUACUCGGAACCCCCACGCUGCUAAAGAUUCCUCUGACCCCAAUGAGCUCUACGUGAAUCACAAAGUGUACACCAGGCACAUGACGUGGGUUCCCCUGGGGAACCAGGCUGACCUCUUCCCGGAGGGCACUAUCCGGCCGGUGCACGAUGAUAUCCUCAUUGCCCAGCUGCGACCUGGCCAAGAGAUUGACCUGCUCAUGCACUGUGUCAAGGGCAUCGGCAAGGACCACGCCAAGUUCUCACCAGUGGCGACAGCCAGUUACAGGCUCCUGCCAGACAUUACCCUGCUUGCGCCCAUAGAAGGGGAAGCAGCUGAGGAGCUGAGCCAGUGCUUCUCACCAGGUGUCAUUGAGGUCCAGGAAGUCCAAGGUAAAAAGGUGGCCAGAGUUGCCAAUCCCCGGCUAGAUACCUUCAGCAGGGAAAUCUUCCGGAAUGAGAAACUGAAGAAGCUUGUCCGGCUUGCCCGGGUUCGAGAUCAUUAUAUCUUCUCUGUUGAGUCCACGGGGGUACUGCCACCAGAUGUGCUGGUGAGUGAAGCCAUCAAGGUCUUGAUGGGGAAGUGCCGGCGGUUCCUGGACGAACUAGACGCGGUUCAGAUGGACUGAAGUCUGCACUGGAGCUCCCGGGAUGGCUGGGCUUGGCUGCUGGUGAGCCAAGCUGAAGGUUCUGGGUUCUGACCUACCUGCCCCUAUAGGACUGCUGCACCCAGUAUGACCAGGGUCCUGAGUUUUCUGGGACAAUUCCAGCUUUAUUUUCAAUGAAUACAUUUUGUUAAAUAUAUCACA